UAUGAGUCGAUGGAGAAUCAUUCUUCGGUUUCAGAGUUUGUACUCGUUGGAUUUCCAGGGCUCCCACAGAAAUUUGAUAUUCUGAUUUCCUUUGUUGUAUUCUUUGUCUAUAACACAGCAUUGUACGCAAAUGGCAUUGUAAUCAUUGUAAUAACUUUGAAGGCACACCUGCAUCAACCAAUGUAUAUAAUCAUUGCAAACCUUGCUCUUUCUGAUAUUCUUCUGGACACUAUGACCUUACCCAAAAUCCUUGCCAAGUAUUGGUUUGGAGAUGCCAAGAUCUCCUUUACUGCUUGCUUCUUCCAGUUAUUCUUCAUCCAUUACUUGGGUUCUGUUGAUUCCUUCAUUAUCAUGCUAAUGGCUAUUGAUCGUUAUAUUGCUAUAUGCAAACCUCUCAGAUAUUUUUCCAUUAUUAGCAAUGGUGUAACUGCUAAUGUAUGCGGUGUAUUUUGGCUUGUAUCAGCACUAAUUGGACUGUGUGUUCUUGUUUUGGGGGUAAAACUUCCCUAUUGUGGACCAAACAUAAUCAUGAACUAUUUCUGUUCGUUCACGCCAGUUGUGGUUUUGGCCUGUGCAGAUUUGAAUUCUACCAGGAAAAUUGUUUUCAUUAUUGCCAUGUUUGUUAAUGUAAUCCAAUUAUUUGUUAUUAUAUUCUCAUAUGUUAUGAUAAUCAGAACAAUCUGCUUGACAGCUGGCUCUGAAAAUUGGCACAAGGCAUUUUAUACUUGUACCACCCACUUGUUUGUCAUCGGAAUGUAUUAUGGGCCACGACUCAUAGUUUAUAUGUAUAACCAGGUCCACUUGAUGCCUAGUGUUGAUUUAAACGUGUUGCUUAUUUUUCUUUAUACAUUUGUACCACAUUUUACUAGCCCUAUUAUAUAUUGUUUAAGAACAGAAGAAAUCAAAAAGACUCUGGCAAAAAUCUUUAAGAAAACUGUAAGUGUGCUGUGUGAGGGU